GGAGGUUUUUAUCUCCUCCCAUCUCCCUAACAAACUCCACCUCCGCACUUCCGGUCUCCUGAAGGGGAGCGCCGGAAACUAGGGGUCAGAGGUCGGUAAAUAUUGGUGAUGUCACAGAGUGAAGAUGGCAGAAGGCUCUUAUGGGUUUUUUUGCAGGGAGGAUGGAAGCUGGUGGAGAAGCUGGUUACAGCAGAGUUACACUUCUGUACGGGACAAAUCUGCAGAGACUCUGGAAUUCAUGAAGAGGGACCUAACAGAGUUUUCCCGUGUUGUACACCAUGAUACGGCAUGCACUAUCGCAGCAACAGCCAGUGUAGUCAAGGAGAAGCUAGUUGUGGAGGGAUCUUCUGGGACCACAGAGAAAGUAAAGAAAGGGUUGUCUGACUUCCUAGGUGUAAUUUCAGACACAUUUGCCCCUUCUCCUGACAAAACCAUUGACUGUGAUGUCAUCACUCUUAUGGCUACCCCGUCUGGUACAACAGAACUAUAUGACGGUACCAAGGCACGCUUGUACAGUUUGCAGUCAGAUCCUGCCACUUACUGCAAUGAGCCUGAUGGUUUCCCUGCAGAGUUUGAUGCAUGGCUUGCUUAUUGGGACCCAGAACAAAGAAAAGCAGAAAUUUCUGAGCUUUUGGUAACAAGCCCAUCUAUCCGUGCUCUUUUCACCAAAAUGGUGCCAGCAGCUGUGUCCCAUUCUGAAUUCUGGCAGAGGUACUUCUAUAAAGUCCACCAGCUGGAGCAGGAGGAGGCAAGGAGAGAUGCCCUUAAGCAGAGGGCUGAUCAGAGUGUACAUUCUGAGGAGCCAACAUGGGAGGAAGAAGAGGAGGACUUUGUGGGAGCUGGCUCAGCACCUGCCCUCAAACUGGAAGAGAAAUAUGUGAUAUCAACCCCGACCAUUCCUACCCUGCAUGUUGAAGACAAAUCAGAAAAAACGGCUGAGCUGAACAGAGACCACACAUCUUUUACCAGCCCUUCAGAGAGCAGUGAGAGCAUUUCCCCUAUUACUCAAAUUGCAAACCCAGAAUAUAUUGAGCAGACCCCUUCAAAAGAACCCAGUCCUGGCACACUUACAGUAACCAAGGAGAAUACUGGAGCUGGAACAGACGAAACAUCAGCACCUGCUCCUCUAGAGCAAAAAACAGGAAAAUCUAAUACACAGAUGGCAACUCAAAGAGAAGAUCCACCAUCUGAUCUGCGUGUGUUUGAGUUGAACAGUGACAGUGGCAAAUCUACCCCUUCUAACAAUGGCCAAAAAGGAUCCAGCACAGAUAUAAGUGAAGACUGGGAAAAGGAAUUUGACAUGACAGAGGAAGAAGUGCAGUUGGCAUUAUCUACGGUUGAGGUCUCUGGUGAGGUGGAAGACGAGGACUGGGAAAACUGGGAAUGAAUGACGUACAGAUGGUGUAUACUGCGUGUACAUUUGGACAUUAUAUCAGGAGUCUGACCCUGUUUGUCUUCUCAUCGUCACCCACGUGCUGCUUCAAUUAAACAGCAAUUGCCCGGCUUUUUUACAUCUGGACAUGUAACACGGGCAGAAACCAGUGACAGAUUGCACUGGCACUGUGGGGGUUACCUACUUAGAUUCUGACAUUUACAGCUUGCAUAAUAACCCCUUCAUUGCUAGGGCCCUGCAUAUAUCUGUCAACACAAGUGGGGGGUUAAAAAGUACCAGUGGUAAGACUCAGCCCAGUAUAUGUUAUAGCAAGGGUCAUUUUCCAAUUUGAAUUGGGGUUGCUAAUACAAGCCUUUGCAGCAGAAGGCUGGUAAAGUGCAUCCUGCCUCAUUGAUGACUUGUGAUGACCUUUAAAUAUAGACAUAACUUUUUGUGUCAUAGUUCAACUGCGCCUAUCUUGUCCACUGUUCUUGCAGCUGCUUUGUCUUAUACUGUUUAAAGCUUAGUUGCUGUAUGGCAGCACUGUGAGGCCGUAUGACAAAAAACAGUGUGUAGAUGUACACUCCUGAUGUCUCCAUUGUGUGACCAGAGUAGAUAGAGAUCUUCAUUUAUUAAGGCAGGAGAAUACUAAUAAAAACAGGGACUGGGAAUAGAUUAAAAUAAAUUGCAGAACUGUGCAGCAAGUUUAUUUCUUGAGGGUGUGGCGUUGUCUUCUACAUUCUCACUGGCUAAAGCUUGUAAUCCUUGCAACACUGCACCCUUGAAAACUGGAUCCUAGUUUUGCAAAGCAUUAUGAGCCUUAGUUAUAUACAGCAACCUUUCUUAUAGUUAAUUCCUCAUCCUUCUGGCCUGUUCAUUGUUUGUGCAAUAUAAAAAAAAUAUAUAUAAAUUCUAUUUUAAGUUAUAGGGUUGCAGGGAAAAGGGGCUGUUUUCCAGCAAAAGCAUAAAAAAAAACAUUGCAUACAGAUGCUCUAACAGCUUUUUUUUUCUCCCUCUUUUGUAAUUAAGAUUUUUUUCAGAAUCUUUUACAAAACUUGCACUUGCCUGCUAUUAAAGAAAUGAUGAGGUGCA